CGCGCCGGAAGAGGAGGGGAGGUGGCGCCGGGAAGAUGGCGGCGCUGGGGAGGCUGUUUCUGAGCGUUCCGCAAACAAGCCUGGUUGCUGUCAGAUGUGCUUCUAAGAAAUCUGGGGGCAGCUCAAAAAAUCUGGGUGGCCGCAGCCCUGGGAAGCGCUAUGGAGUCAAGAAAGUAGAAGGUGCGUUUGUGCACGCAGGCAACAUUUUGGCUACGCAGCGAUUGAUACGCUGGCAUCCAGGGGCUUAUGUGGGGAUGGGCCGUAACAAGACGCUCUACGCCCUGGAGGAUGGGAUCGUGAGAUACACCAAGGAGGUGUACGUACCUCCACCCCGCAGCAGCGAGAGCAGGGAGGUGAUCUGUCGUCUACCCAAAGGCGCAAUUCUUUAUAAAACCUUCAUCAGUGUUAUCCCCACCGCAGAAGUGGGGAGCUUUAAGCUGGUCACCAUGCUCUGAGUCUCCUGCGUCGCGUGGGGAUGGAUGGGAAGCAGCGGCUGGGACAGACCGCUGUACCUGGGCUGCCAUCUCAGGAGGACGAGAGUGUUCUAGCUCUGAGGACACCUGUUUGUGCCUUUGCUCUCUUGCUCCCAAAGCACACGGGGUUGGAGUUCAGGCACUGGAGAGAUCGCUGGGUUUUGUGAGAGUGCUCAAUAAAUGCAUUGGAGUUCC